AUGCUAUUGCUUAUAUUCUUGUAUUUUGGAUCAACUGAUUGUCGAGAUUGUGUUGAUAGCGUAAAGGGUAUUUGUGAAACAAAUAAUUUGUUCGGUUGGUGUUUUCAUGAUAAAAUUUCUGGUUUAUUUGACUGUGAUAAGUCAAAAUAUUGCUCAAAUCAGGAAUCACUUCGUAGAAGACUUAAUUCAACCGGAUGUUUCGAUCGUGGCAAUGAUAAUAUUAAAUGUUGCUGCAAUGAAGCGAAUAGCGACGGGAGUGAAGCAAUUUUACGAGGUUGUCAAUCACGAGCUUUGAAACGUCUCAAAAUUGAUCGACAAAUACCAGUUCGUAUAGCAAAUCGUGUCUACUUUGAUGAUAUGGAUGAUUUAUUGGAGCAACCAAGAUGUGAUCAAUUUGUUGAUAAGACUGAUAUUAUCAAUGAUACCACAAUAGCUUGUUUGGAUCUUUAUUCAAAACAAUACAAUGAGCGAAAAAUUGGGAAAUUAUGUUGUUGUCGUGGGAAUGAUGCAUGCAAUGAUAAAAUUGGUGAUAAUAAGAUAAUAAGCAAAACAAUUGAUAAUUUGAAAUUUGUUGUUGAGAAAAUGUCAUCCAAAGCAAAUUGCAUUUAUAAUAUUUGUUCAUCAUCAAUCAUAUUUAUUUUGCUUUUUGCUUUUUGCUUUUUUUUUUUGUCAAUUUAUUAA